AUGUCAACCAAGACCGUGCCAAGCGCACAGCUUCACGAACCGGUCCAGCCAAGUAAACAAAAACUAUCGCCAUUGCUCAAUCUCCCCGGCGAACUUCACAACCAGAUCUACGACUAUAUCUUUACAGAGCCAGCCUACACAUUCCGCCUUGGCUUGAACGCGGAACGAGACUAUGUGUUGCGUCCACUCUUCCAGACUCCAGGUUGGAUCGGCCUCACCGCGGCUUGUCGUCAGAUACACACCGAGGCCGUACUACUGCCGUUCGAGAACGUUAUCUUCCAAGUCGGUGCCGGGAUUCAAUUGAUGCUAUUGCUCGAUCGUUUUAAGGAGCUCCCCCAGUCUGAGACAAUCUUCCGCCUCGAGAUUCGCACACAGGAUGUGUCCUGUUGGGGCGACUUGCUCAAGUUUCCAGAAGCCGGGGGGUGUGAUGAUCCCUUGUCUGACCACCAGGAGCGCAUCCACUUGGUCUUUUUAAAGCCGCGAGGAAUCUAG